AUCUCCCAUUUCCUCUAUUCCGAGCAUCGGAGUCUUUUACAAACGCCAGAGCGGCUGUUGGCUAGCGUGCGCUAUGGGCCUACUCGACCAGCUGUGGGACGACACAAUCGCCGGUCCGCGGCCGGAUGAAGGCCUCGGGAAGCUCCGGAAGCACUCUGCGUUCUCCUUCCGAUCUGGAUCCGGCAAGGAAUCAGAUGGAGGAAAUGCGAGGUCAUACGGUGAGGACUCGUCGGAUGAGGCGAUAAGAGUUACGCGCAGCAUCAUGAUAAUAAACCCACCCGGGUACCAAAACGGGUCGCCUCCAGUCUCGCCAGCCGGAUCUACCCCUCCGGUAUCGCCUUUUUCCGGAGGUAGAGACUCGUUUCGAUUUCGAAGAAGGUCGACCUCGGAUGUGUACGAGAAGGCGAGUAAAGCUCGAACCAGAAGCCCUCCUCCUUAUGAUGUGUGAGAUAUGAGUGUCUUUCCUAGACCAAUGUCAGAAAAAAAAUGUUGGGACUUUGAUCUUUUAUGUACUUUAGGUAUGCUGCUUGUGUGUAUGGUGUUAGCUAAAAGGGGGGAGGUAUGCCGUAUGCGGCUGAUGCGUGGUUGUUUGUGUAGGUAGAUCUUGUGUAUUAUCGACCGUUGAGAGCUGUGUUCUUGUAUGAGGUUGUAGUUCAUGUGUGGUACCUAUUCUAUCUGUAUAUAAAGUUUCUCUGAUCUGUUC